AUGGCUUCUGCAGACAUAGGGUCAAUCCCGACACCCGCCCACUGCACAGCCGACUUCUGCCUAAUCCCAAUUGGAACUUCCUCCCCCUCCGUCUCUGCCCAAAUUGCAGAUGUCCAGCGUCUUGUCGAGAAGUCAGGCCUGAAGUAUGUUAUGCACUCAGCCGGAACAACCCUGGAAGGUCCCUGGGACCAGGUCCAUCAUGUCAUUGGCCAGGCGCAUACCAUCCUCCAUCAGCAAGGGAUAGUCCGAAUACAAACUGAUAUUCGAGCCGGUUCAAGAACCGAUAAGGAGCAGUCAUUUGAGGAUAAGUGGAUGUACAUUGACGAACAGUACUACCUAUUUGCACCGGCUAAGGACUCAUAA